UUCAAGCAUGCCCAAGAAAAAUAAAUAUAGGGCAGAAUCGAUGGAAGCAGCGAUAAAUGAAGUCAAGAAUAACAACAUGUCAUAUAGAAAUGCGGCACACAAAUACGGUGUACCCAAAUCAACGCUGGAAUUUAAAAUAAAAAAUCCAGGCCAUAAAGACACAUGCGGCCCAAAUCCAAUUCUUUCAACAAGAGAAGAGUCUGAUCUUGUAAGGUGGAUAGAAGAGCUGGCAACCAAAGGGUUUCCCAGAAAACGAGAGGACAUUUUAAAUAGCGUUCAAAAAUUUUUGACUGAAAAUCCACGGCCUAAUCCCUUUAAAAACAACAGACCUGCUGAUAGUUGGUUUAAGGCUUUCUUGAAAAGACAUCCAACAAUUGUGCAGCGAACAAGUGAAGCAGUAAGUGGUGCCAGUGCUUGUGUUUCGGAAGCAGACAUUCGAAAAUGGUUCAAAGAUAUAAACAGUUAUCUUACUUCCAAAAAUUUAAUCGUUGAUGACCCUUCAAGUAUUUACAAUGGCGAUGAAUCCGGAUUUCAGAUUUGCCCAGAAACUGGAAAGAUUUUUGCUGGAAAAGGCGCGAAGAAUGUUUAUUCUGUCGAAAAGGGAUCACCUAAGGAAAGCAUCACUGUCAUGUUUUCAUUUUCUGCUUCUGGAUUAACUUGUCCACCACUGAUAAUUUAUCCUUAUAAGCGAAUUCCAGAAAAAAUAAGCCAGACGGUCAAAGAUCCUGAUUGGGGCAUUGGACGAUCCGAUAAUGGGUGGAUGACGGCAGAGACGUUCUAUGAUUAUGAAGGCUUUACCGAAGAAUUUUUGACCUUGUACAAAAUAUGGAGUUAUUUUGAAAAACCAGAUUCGUUGCCAAAUGAUAAAAAAGAUGACUUGGAUAUGAUAGACGUGCCAGGAUCAUUUAAUAAUCAGGUAUUGAAAUUGACUGAGGCUGAACCUGAAUUAGAUAUAUUGGAGGCAGAUGACGAAUUCGGUCCGUGGCCGAUUUAUUUAGACAUAUCGGCAUAUGUCUAA